AUGGGGUUUUUUAAAAAAGCAAAAACAUUCUUUUCAUCACCAAAUGAACAACAAAAUGACCAAGAGCAAGCCGAUAAAACAAUUAAAGAGGAAGAAAGUGGUAAAUCUGAACAUUCAAAUAAAAUAAAAGAUGAUGGUGCAGAUCAUUCAGAAAAUCAUCAAUCAAAUGGGUUAUUACAUCCAUCAGCAUCAAAUGGUCAAAUUCAUCAAUCUACUUCAAAUACAGAUAUAGCAGGUUCAGCAGUUUCAUCAACUCCAGCAACCAAACAGUCACAUUUAAAUAAUAAUGAUAUUAGUAUCGCCACUACUAAUGAUUCCUCUCUUACCACACCUGUUCCAUCAAGUGAAAAUUUACAAAGUUUACAAACAAGUGAAAAGAAAUCAUCUGAACAACAAGCAAGCAAUACCCUAUCAACUCCAAAUAAUACAUUACCAUCAUCACCAUCACAAACAAAUAUAUCUGAAAGUAACAAUAAUAAUAAUACUACCACUACUACCAAUAAUAAUAAUAGCAAUAGUAGUAAUAAUACAACUACAACUACCACCACUACUACCACCACCCCAGCAACUACCAAUAAUACAUCACCAACUAAACAAAACUCAAUAUCAUCAACACAACCAUCCCAAUCAUCAACAUCACUUUUAGUUAGUACAUUAAGUAAAUUUAAACUUAAAUUAGGUGGUGGAAAGAGUAAAGAUCACCCAUCAUCAGCUCCAUCGACACCACAUCAAAGACCACAUAGAUCUACAUUAGUCAUUCCACCAGGAAGUGUCCCAACAAAUCAAAGUGGUCAAAAAUCUACAACUCCAGAACACCCACCAGAAGAACAUAAACCAGUUGAAAAAGAAGUUAUAACAAUUGCCACAAUUACCGAUUUCCCAGAUGAUUGCCAAAAGUUAAUAAGAAUUUCUGGUAUACCCGAGGAAAAAUUAAUAAAAAAUAUACAAAUUUUAGCAUAUGUUUUACAUUUUAGAACUGGUAGAUUUUUCAAAUUAGUAGAUGAACCACCAAGAGAACCAAGAAAGAAAUUUGUUUCAGAAAGAUUUAACGAUGGUGAAAGCUUAGUUGAACAUGUUGAACCACAAGUUUUAAAAAAAAUGUAUAAAGAUUCUGAUCAAGUUGGUAAAGGUGGUUUCGGAACAGUUUAUUUUGCAAAAAGUACAAAAGAAAAGAGAUUAGUAGCAAUUAAAAAAAUGCCACAUAUAACAAAGAGACAGCAACAACAAAAUUACAGAGAAGCAGCAAUUUUAGCGAAAUGUGAUCAUCCAAAUAUUGUAAAAUUACAUACAUGUCAUAUAGAUAAAGACAGUAAUUUAUGGAUUAUUAUGGAAUUUAUGGAAGGUGGUACAUUUGAAGAAGCUGCCAAAGCAUGGAAAUUCAAUGAAAAUAAUUUGGCUUACGUUGCUAAAGAACUCUUAAAAGGUUUACAAUAUCUCCAUGAAAAUGGUAUGGUUCAUAGAGAUUUAAAGAGCGCAAAUAUCAUGAUGAGUGUAGAGGGUAAAGUUAAAUUAAUUGAUUUUGGUCUUUGCGAGGACGUUCAAACUUCAUCACCAACUCACAUGGUAGGUUCACCAUUUUGGAUGGCACCAGAAAUGAUUCAACAAAAACCACAUUCAACACCUGUCGAUAUAUGGAGUUUUGCCAUUUCACUUUUAGAAAUGGCCAAUCAACGUCCACCAAUGAUGGAAAGUGCUGUCAAGGCUAUGUUUACUGUCGCCACUGAAGGUGCCACUGGUUUCGAUGAUCCAGGAAUUUGGUCCGAUUGCUUUAAAGAUUUUUUAUCACUUUGCUUAAAAAUGGAUCCAGCCGAACGUGCCACAGCCGCUGAUUUACUCAAACACCCCUUCAUUAAAAAAGCAGAUUCAAGAGAUAAUAUGGAAAAUAUACUUAAAAAGAUUUUCCUUACAAAUUCUUUAAUGAACUCUGGUUUUUAA